UUUUGGGAGGUGAUCAGUGACGAACAUGGCAUUGACCCAACUGGAACUUACCACGGAGACAGUGACCUGCAGCUGGACAGGAUCAAUGUAUACUACAAUGAAGCUUCAGGUGGAAAAUAUGUGCCCCGUGCUGUACUCGUCGAUCUGGAGCCUGGCACUAUGGACUCUGUGAGGUCUGGACCUUUUGGACAGGUCUUCAGACCAGACAACUUUGUUUUCGGUCAGAGUGGUGCUGGCAACAACUGGGCCAAGGGCCAUUACACAGAAGGUGCAGAGCUGGUGGACUCUGUCUUGGAUGUGGUGAGGAAGGAGGCAGAAAGCUGUGACUGCCUGCAGGGCUUCCAGCUCACACACUCCCUCGGUGGUGGAACGGGUUCUGGCAUGGGCACUCUGCUCAUCAGCAAGAUCCGUGAAGAAUACCCCGACCGCAUCAUGAACACCUUCAGUGUGGUGCCUUCCCCCAAAGUGUCUGACACAGUUGUAGAGCCUUACAAUGCUACACUAUCAGUGCAUCAACUAGUCGAAAACACAGAUGAGACCUAUUGCAUCGACAAUGAAGCCCUCUACGACAUCUGCUUCCGCACUCUCAAACUCACGACCCCCUCGUACGGGGACCUCAACCACCUGGUCUCCGCCACCAUGAGCGGCGUCACCACCUGUCUCAGGUUCCCUGGGCAGCUCAACGCUGACCUGCGGAAGCUGGCCGUGAACAUGGUGCCUUUCCCUCGUCUGCACUUCUUCAUGCCAGGCUUUGCUCCCCUCACAAGCAGAGGUAGCCAGCAAUACAGAUCCCUCACAGUACCCGAGCUGACCCAGCAGAUGUUCGACGCCAAGAACAUGAUGGCCGCAUGCGACCCACGUCAUGGACGCUACCUGACGGUGGCUGCCAUCUUCCGUGGCCGCAUGUCCAUGAAGGAGGUGGACGAGCAGAUGCUCAACGUGCAGAAUAAGAACAGCAGCUACUUUGUCGAAUGGAUCCCCAACAAUGUCAAGACCGCCGUCUGUGACAUUCCUCCCCGAGGCCUCAAAAUGGCCGCCACAUUCAUCGGUAACAGCACAGCCAUCCAGGAGCUGUUCAAGCGCAUCUCUGAGCAGUUCACUGCCAUGUUCAGGCGCAAGGCUUUCCUCCACUGGUACACCGGGGAGGGUAUGGAUGAGAUGGAGUUCACAGAGGCCGAGAGCAACAUGAACGACCUGGUGUCAGAGUACCAGCAGUACCAAGAUGCCACUGCUGAGGAAGAGGGAGAGUUUGAGGAGGAGGGUGAGGAAGACCUUGCCUAA